AUGUACACUGAUUAUUAGGGCACUGAUGAUCAGUGUGGCCCCAGAAGUGCCACCUGUCAGUGUCCAUCAGUGCCAGCAGUCAGUGCUCAUCAGUGCCACGUGCCAGUGCCCAUCAGUGCCACAUAUCAGUGCCCAUCUGAGCUGCCUUUCAAUGUCACCCAUCAGUGCCAGUCAGUGCCGCCUAUCAGUGUCAUGUAUCAGUGCUGCCUUUCAGUGCCCAUCAGUGAUGCCUGUCAAUGCAACCUACCACUGCCUCCUCAUCAGUGCCACCUAUCAAUGUCCAUCAGUGCAGCCUAUCAGUGCCCAUCACUGCAGCCUCAUUAGCGCACAUCAGUGAAGGAGAAAAAUCAAUUAUUUACAAAAUUGUAUAA